GUCUCUGGGUUCUGUGGAUCCGUUAUGCCAGGUGAAGAUUACGGUGGUGCCAUGGCAACGAAUGCUCCAGACUACUACCAACAACCCGGAUUUGGGAACGGUGCUAACGCUUAUCAGAGGGGACCGGGUGGUCCAUAUCCUCCUGGACCAGCUCCAUUUGGAGGUGCUGGGUAUGAUUCCGGUUAUGGCGGUAUGCCAGGUUUUCCAGGAGGUUUUCCUGGAGGAUAUGCAGGGGGCUAUGGCGGUGAUACACAAAGUCCAUUAGAUGCUGAAAUCCAGGUAGUAAUACGGGAAAUUCAUAACGAACAACAGUUGAUGGAACAAGCCAGUGAUUGGGGAGAGCAGUUUAAGAAUGCAAAAAGAUUGCUCGCUGCAGAAGCUGACAAGUUAGAAAACAGCAUCGAUCCAGAGUGGUUGGAAGUGGAUAUUCCUAAGCCUAUAAAAGUUUCUAAAAAAGUGCUAAUACCGAGUUUUCGACAUCCGCACUUCAAUUUUGUAGGAAAAAUUUUGGGGCCGAAGGGAGCAACAUUGCAAGCAAUGGCUAAACAGCACAAGUGUCAUAUAUAUGUAUUAGGUCGUGGUUCAACAAAAGAUCGGAAUAAGGAACAAGAACUGUUAAGCAGUGGUGAUCCGCAAUACGCUCAUUAUGGCGGUCCUUUGCAUGUGAAAGUGGAAACUAUAGCUCCAGCUCAUGUUGCCUAUCAGAGAAUUGCUGGUGUGCUCGAGCAGCUGGCCACAACAUUGCAGCCUACGCGAGACGAAAACUAUGAGAAAAUGGCAGCUAACCAACAGAAUGCAAAUAGUGGUGAAAAUAAUGAAAAAGAAACACAAGAUAAUGCGGAAGGCGAUAAAAAUGCGCAAGCUGGAGGUGCCAUUCGAGGCGGACGUGGUGGCUUUCGUGGGCGUGGGGGAUUUGCAGGUCGUGGUACUGAACGAGGUGGUUUUCAGCGAGGUGGUUUCAGGGGUGGUCGAGGAGGUGAUCGUGGAGGGUAA